GGUCCAUCUCUACAUCCGUCAAUGAGAGAGGCCUCGACGGAACUCCUGAUUGGACAUAUGAGCUGUCCAACAAGUGGAGGUGACGAGACAGCGAGGUUUGUCCUUAAUGAGUCUGCGCUGACAGAAAAGGAGGAGGUUCCCGAAUAGACUCCUUUAUUUAUUUCUUUGUUUCCAGUGGGGGGAAAAAUAAUAACAGCAGCAUAUACCAGUCACUUCAUUCAUUAUCCGUGUCCGUAUAUACAAUAAAACUGGAUAAGAUUACAGUGGUUACUCGACGGCCAAAGCCAAGAGGAGGAGGAUGAAGCGGCGCAAUGCGGACUGCAGCAAACUCCGACGGCCGUUAAAACGGAACCGAAUCACUGAGGGUAUUUACGGCAGUACCUUCCUGUACCUGAAGUUCUUGGUGGUGUGGGCGCUGGUGCUUCUGGCAGAUUUUGUGCUGGAGUUCAGGUUUGAGUACCUCUGGCCAUUCUGGCUUUUCAUCCGGAGUGUGUACGACUCCUUUAGAUACCAGGGGCUGGCCUUCUCAGUAUUCUUUGUGUGUGUUGCGUUUACCUCGGACAUCAUUUGCCUCCUCUUCAUCCCAGUGCAAUGGCUUUUCUUCGCUGCCAGUACCUAUGUGUGGGUGCAGUAUGUUUGGCACACAGAGAGAGGAGUUUGUCUGCCCACCGUGUCUCUAUGGAUACUGUUUGUGUACAUAGAGGCUGCAAUCAGAUUCAAAGACCUGAAGAACUUCCAUGUGGACCUGUGCCGUCCCUUUGCUGCGCACUGCAUUGGCUAUCCAGUGGUUACUCUCGGCUUUGGCUUCAAGAGCUAUGUAAGCUAUAAGAUGCGCCUUCGGAAGCAAAAGGAAGUUCAGAAGGAGAACGAGUUUUACAUGCAGCUUCUGCAACAGGCUCUGCCACCGGAGCAACAAAUGCUUCAGAGGCAAGAGCGAGAAGCGGAAGAAGCAGCAGCAGCAGCAGCAGCAGCAGCUAAAGGAAUAUCUGAAGUGGACACACCGCCAGUAUCUCAGAAUGGUGCCCCAGCCAAUAAAAAGACAUCGGCACCAAUGCCGGAGUUAGAGUAUAGAGAAAAAGGGAAAGAGGGAAGGGGUGGUGGCGAUGCUAAAAAGCAGCACAACAACAUCCUACCAUCAUCAGUGGACUCUAAACUCCAGGAGAUGGAGUAUAUGGAGAACCAUAUGAACAACAAGAGACUGACCACAGAGCUGGGCAGCACAGAGAACCUGUUGCUUAAAGAGGACAACAAUUCUUCUUGCUCAUCCUCCUCAUCCUCCUCCUCCAAAAACUACAAAAAUGCUAGCAGCAAUUCUGCAACGCUCAACUCCUCACCCCGUGGCCAUAGUGCCACCAACGGCAGCGUGCCCUCCUCUGCAUCAUCAGCUUCCUCUUCCAUGGGGAAGAAUGAGAAGAAGCACAAGUUAGCAGUGGGGAAGGGAAAUUCAGGUGGCUCCCACAGGGAUCCCACGGACAACUGUAUCCCCAACAACCAGCUGAGUAAGCCAGAAGCACUUGUUAGAUUGGAGCAGGAUGUUAAGAAGUUAAAGGCAGACCUCCAGGCCAGCCGGCAGGUUGAGCAGGAUCUGCGCAGCCAGAUUGGCUCACUGGGCAGCGCUGAGCGCUCCAUACGCACUGAACUGGGCCAACUGCGCCAAGAGAACGAGCUGCUUCAAAACAAGCUCCAUAAUGCUGUGCAGGCAAAGCAAAAGGACAAACAGGCAGUGGGCCAAUUGGAGAAGAGGCUCAAAGCAGAACAGGAGGCUCGAGCCAGCGCAGAGAAACAGCUUGCUGAGGAAAAGAAGCGAAAGAAGUUAGAGGAGGCCACAGCAGCAAGAGCAGUGGCACUAGCAGCAGCAUCCAGAGGGGAGUGUACAGACACGUUGCGGCGGCGAAUCACUGAAUUAGAAACAGAGUGUAAAAAACUAACGAUGGACAUCAAGCAAAAGGAAGACAUGAUCAGAGAGCUUGAAUUGAAAGUUCAGGAACUUCAUAAAUAUAAGGAGAACGAAAAAGACACAGAGGUACUGAUGUCAGCGCUGUCAGCCAUGCAGGAUAAGACACAGCACCUGGAGAACAGCCUCAGUGCAGAGACCAGGAUCAAACUGGACCUUUUCUCUGCACUAGGAGAUGCCAAACGACAGCUUGAGAUUGCACAAGGUCAGAUCCUGCAAAAGGACCAGGAGAUAAAAGAUCUGAAGCAGAAGAUAGCCGAAGUGAUGGCCGUUAUGCCUAGCAUCUCCUACACAGCUGACACCAGCAGCAUGCCCCCUGUUGCCCCCCACUACUCCUCCAAGUUCAUGGACACCAAUCCCUCUGGCCUAGACCCCAAUGCCUCUGUUUACCAGCCACUCAAAAAGUGAACGUUCUGUCCUGCCCCAUGCUUUCUCCAUCUUGUCAUUUUAUGUCCCCUGCAGACCCACCAUCUUCCAUUCUGCUCAGCAUGUCUGCAGCUGAGAACAUUGUUUUUCUUGGGUUUUAUUAUUUUCCCACGCCAGGUCAGAAGGAUGUUGUAUUGUGUGACUGUAUUUGUUGUAGUUAAAACAAAAGACAAAAAAAAACUUAAAAAGGAAAUCACAUUUCAAUUAGGAAAGCCCCUUUUCUCAAGUUUUGUGAAACCUCACAGAAUUGGGUAUAUAUCUGCAUCUCAAGGGUGUUGCUCUAUCUUUCCACUAGUCCCACAACUGCAACAACCUGAAACCAAUUACCCGCUCGUUUAUCCUGGGGAAACUAUUAAUUUUAGGUUGUUUUUUUUCCCACCAAAAAAUUACGAAACAAUUUAUCAUACAGCCUUACUGUAUCCCAAUUUCUCCUAAGGUAAAAUGGCAACAACUGAACAACCAGAGGAAUGUAGUGCAAAGUCAGCACAGACUCCGACACAGAUAUAUUUUAUAUUUUAAGACAAAUGAAUCCUUCUCUCAGAUGCUUUGGUUAGUUUGAAAGGAUCUUGUGUUGGAAGCAGAAUAAUAGGCCUCAAACUUAAAUGAACCCAAGCAGCUCCUAUUCUUGACCAUUAUUGGACACAUGGUUUAUCCAUCUGUAUUUUUUGAGUAAGAGAAGUCUGUAUAUUGUACCAGUUUCUGUGCGAUUCUCGGCAUCGUCUUUUAUUAGUUGUCAUAAUCACAGUGCCUUGAGUUGAAGAUAUAGAGUGAGUUUGAUAAAGAGAUCCAGCUAGCCCAACCCUUCUGAAUGAGUGGUAGACCUCAUCCAGUACAGUGGGACAAAGUUGCCUUUGGAUGCUGAAAUGGUUUUUCACUCCCGUCUGUUAGGGAAACUGAUCCAUGGUGUCCACAUGAGGGCAGCCUUGUCCCUUACGUAAAAACAAAAAAAAAAAAAAAAAAAGAUACAGUAUACGGCACCAGGUCCAAGACUUAUCACCGUACUCGGAUUUGCCUACUGUCAGUUUCUUGACAUGAUGUUAGCCACCACAGAGUCUACUACAUUCAGGUCUCCGGCUCAUCACAUGUCCACUUGCAGUUAAUCUCUUCUGUUGGUAAACCCCAAAUCUGUAGAUGUAGCUGCUGCCCUCACCUUUGUUUUUUGAAUUUCAACUUAAAGUUGCACUAUAGUAAAACAAGCUGUUUUAAAGGGAAACUGUAUAGACUGUGCAAUGUAAAAAGAAAAAUUCUGAAAUGCCAAUUUUAAUAUAAUUUUAAUUAAUCCUCAACUUCAGUUCAUGUGCCAAGACUAAAAUGCUUGUUUCUUUAGUAAUGUUCUCGAGAAUGUACUGCAAAUACAUUGGCCAACAUGUUAGUUAAAUAUCCAGUUGAAUAUCACUUAGUGGAAGUUUCUGUUAAGCAGGUAGAGAACGUGGUCACCUGUUUGUAGUAGACUGUAGUUAAAAGUAAAGGACUAGAAAGUCAAAUUUAUUUUGUGAAUGUUACAGUAUUUACAACUGUUGGGCAUGUGGCUGUUUAAAAGCAGUUUCUUAACUUCCUGUUUCUGGUAUUAUUUUCAUGCUGGGAUAAAAUUGCUUGAGUCUGAUAUGGGUUCAGCAUCAUCAGAAAUUGUCAUUGUUAUGCGUGUGGUUUUCACCCAUUGUAAAUGGAGAAGCUUUUGGCGCUCAGAUAGCUGUCAUUGGCUCCUGAAAAAAAAAAGUGAAAUUACAGAUUAGUCAGUUGUGUGGUCAACUGAUUGUUGAAAGUAUAGAAAAGUGUUUUGUUUGUUUUUUGUUUUCUAUGCCCACAGUCACUGCUCUGUUUCUCCCCAGGUCUGACCUUGGCUGUGGUCUCGCUCUGUGAGGUUUACAAGGAAUAAACAUUUUUUCUUGCAGAUUGA